ACCAUACGAGACUUAACUGCCGCAGUGAUACGAUACCAUAUCACAAUAAUUUGACAUUGGAUAUUUGUAUCGAUUCAAAUAAUACGUUUGUCUUAAAGCUAAGUACUACCUCUGGUAUUAUUUAGUAACGCUAGCCGUUAUAGCAGUUCCGCUAACUAAAGUAAGCCGUGCCAGCUCUUCUUGCCAUGGUCAUUUUCUUCAGCAUGAAAUGAAAUGUUGAAUGAAAGCGAAGAUGUACACCCGACAACUGCAGCUAAAGCGCACCAGAACAGUUUCCAUGCUUUCUACAUGAUGUAAGCUACAACGGGUCUAACUGUGAGGAGAGGGAAGGACUGUACUGACCAAAGAGUCUCAGACUGACCGAAGCAAGCAUCACUCGUAAUGGGGGUCUUGGAGAAUAUAGUGGCCAUGGUGAAGCAGCAUCCAGCUGGUAUUCCUCUUAAAAAGCUAGCUGUAACAUACGGCCAGACAUACCACAAGAACCUGACUCUAUCCACCCUGGGCUUUGACUCUGUGGCUAGCCUGGUAGCUUAUUUAGAUAGGGAUCUGGUAGUGGAGGGGGAACUAGUGCUUCACAAAACUCACAGGCGUCCGAAGCGGGCUGGAGCUGGGGCGUUAACAAAAGCUACAGAAGACAGUAAGAAUAAGGAGAAGGUUCUGGAGGAUAUAGUGGCCAUAGUGAAGCAGCACCCAGCUGGUAUUCCUCUUAAAAAGCUAGCUGUAACAUACGGCCAGACAUACCACAAGAACCUGACUCUAUCCACCCUGGGCUUAGAUUCUAUCACGAACCUGGUAGCCUCUAUGCACAGGGAUCUGGUUUUGGAGGGGGAUUUAGUGCAUUACAAGAACCAUCCCAGUAGUCGUCUGGCCGCCGCUCGGCCAUCAGCAAGCGCUUCAGAAGAUAAGGAGAAGAAACAGAAAGCUCUGCAAAAUCAGCCAGUAGCCGGGAAGCCAGCAAAAGCCAGAGAGGACAGCAGGCCUGCAACACCACAGAGACCUGCAACACCACAGAGACCUGCAACACCACAGAGACCAGCAACACCACAGAGACCUGCAACACCACAGCAACCUGAAACACCACAGAGACCAGAAACACCACAGAGACCAGAAACACCACAGAGACCAGCAACACCACAGAGACCAGCAACACCACAGAGACCUUCUCCAGGUUUCACAGUACCACAGCCAGCGGUGAAAUUGACUCAGGAUCAGCUCUUCCAGAGAGUCAAGGAAGUUAUGAAGAAGUACCAGAUAUCUGCAUCAAUGGACGAGCUCCAAACGUGCUACUUAAAGGAGUAUGGUGAACAGCUUCCCUACACACAGUACAUGUCUAUGUAUGACAGCUAUACAGCAUCUGGCUCUGGUAGUCAACCUUCUCAAUCAGCACCAACAGCAGAACCAAUAGCAGAGCCUCAGAAAACUGCAGUAGCCUGGGAUCUUAAGAAAGAGCCUGAGAGAGAACAGCAGCAGCAGGCCGCCAUGUCCAACUUCCUCUCUGACUUUCCUGCGUUGGGAGAAGCGGCGACCACAGAGAAGAAGAGCAAAACCAAAGAUGGGCCCAAGAGAGAGGGCAGAGGCCCCAUCUUUAGAGAAGCUUAUCACGCCCAGCUGAGGGAGGUCCAUGGAGCUAACAUGCGGGCAGUGGAGGCGUUGCAGGAGGAUGGGGAGGCGAUCUCAGGCUGGAAGAGGAACAGAGUUCUGGAUCAUGACUCCAUCAACAAUCUGAUGGAAGAUGUAAUACGGGACAUCGCUGCAGAAGGAGAGCUGGUUACCAGAGAGAAGGUGGUAUCCAGGGUGUGUGUGCUGAUGCAGAUUCCCUCUUUGAACGCAGGAGGGAUUCAUCCCCGGAAUAUUCAAGCUCUGAAAGACCUUCAAUACAUGAUAAGAGAGAUCCACAUGUUCAUAGAGUGCAGUGAGGCAGUCACAUCCAUCUGUACCCUUUACGAGCUGGGCCAGUCGCUGGCCAGCCUUAAGAACAAGAAGCACUAUGAGGAGCUGCACCUGGGGCCCCUCUGCAAGCUGCCCCUCAUCCACCGCCUCUUCAAGAUCGACAGUAACACCAAGGACGAUGAUAUUCACCAGAUCGAGACGGUCGACAUCUUAAAGCAACUCCGUGUUUUCAGGAGGCAGCAGAACAAGCCCAAAGUAGACCUGGCUGAGUUCAUGAAGUAUCUGGCGGACCAUUACAGCUGUGAGUCUCCCUACGAGCUGGGCGUCAUCAUAAACAGCGUUGGACUGCCCAUAUCGACCUUAUCGAAGGUGAGUCGAGGUGAGCACAACGUCUUGGAGCAAGCCAGGGAGAUGAUCCAGGCAGAGGUGGAGGAGGAGACGUAUGAGCGGCUGAGGAAGAUAAAGAAGAGCGUGAUGGAGCAGAUGCCAGGUUCCUUCUCCUCCAAUGGCAGCUUAGACCUCAGGAAGAAGUAUGUUUCCAUGCCAGCUGCAGAGAUAGCACUGGAAGUCUUCUCUAAUGCUGAGGGGCUGUUCAAUCCCAGGAUGGCUAAGCACAUCCAGAGCUUCCUGCUGCAGGUGUCAUGUAACCGGCUGGCCAAGGCUCUGUUUCAGCUGGCCAUCUGUGGGGGCUCCCUGGCUGUCCCUCUGGACCUGGUGCCCAAAGAUAAGACGUCCAGCACCACGGAACAAACUAAAGAUCAAGAGAAACCCACCACAAACCUCCCCAGCGAAGCCAAAGUGAAGCAGUUCCUUAAAGACACCCUGUCCUCUCAGAGGACAGCCACCACUUUGGCCAGCAUGGCUGCUUUGGAGAAGAAGUUGACCAAACAAUUCCAGGUCAAAGAUUUCCUCUCUUUACAGCAAGGCAACUUUCUGGAGUUCCUGGUUAAACACAUUCAGCUGCUGCAGGAAACACUGGGGUCGACUCUGGCCCUGAGCAGUAGCAGCAUGGACACAGCAGGCAGUGGCUUCAGACCCAGCAGACAAGAUGUGUUCGAGUUCAUCACACAGUGUGGGGACUUUGACCCCUCUGAUCCAGAUGCCCUCCACCACAUUGAGUCAGCUCUGAGAUCCCACUACAGGCUGAGGGACAGCCGGGAGCUGGGCUACGGCUCUCUGCAGAUGCUGGCCGGCCUGGUGCAGCAGCAGAGAGGAUUGGCUGGAGGAGGAAUGAGCCAGGUCUACUACGAGUCAGCAUUGUUCGCCAAACAUAACCACUCCAGCAGUCCCGAAGCCGGCUGUGAGGCAGUGGGGCGUCUCGGGGAGAAGUCCAAGGCCCAGGCCCUGGCCAGCCUGCUCUCCUGCCCUCUGCUGGAGGACCUGAGUGAGUGGAGCCAGUGGGAUCUGAUCUUCAAACCCCUUCAUGGCUCCCUGAGAGAAUUCAUUGAAAGAAAUGCAGCUAAUACAGGCCUAGCAGCAUUAGAGGUCACACCAAGUCUGCUCCUCAGGAUCACCACUCACACAGGAGACAAGCAUUUCUCCAGCGCCGCUAUGAACCUCGACCCUGUGGGCACAGCCGGCCACCUCGUUUCCAUGGUAGUAGCUGACGGCAUCGUCAACGCUCCCACUGCCCUCCUGGCCAAUCACAUGCAGAGCUCCCUGGCAGCAGCUGUGGCGCAAGAAGAUUUGUCCCAGGCUGAAGAGGACGUGUCCUGUUACAGCAGAGUGGCCAAAUUCUUCUUGGCAUGUUUGACACGGAUCCCUGCUAGAACCUGCUGGGCUCUUUUGCAGCAGGUGUUUUUGGAGCCUUUCUCUCGUGUGUUGGGCCAGGCCAAGUCUAAACAGGUCCUGAUCACCGUGGCACAGUCUAACCCGAGCCACAUGAACUGUCUGCACCGGCUUGGGAUCCUCCUGGGCAUCACGGACUGGGUCAAAGACUACCAGAAAAAGCUGAACCCACAACAGAGCCAAACCUGCAAUACGUACACAGCACUGGUGAAACAGGCCAAGUCUAAUUUGACCGAUUCUGAGAGCGGCAGUCUGUCCGCUCUGAAUACGAGUGAAGAUGAGUAUCUAGAGGAGAACAUGAUGGACAACAGCUUCGCCUCCUCCACUCUCAACCAGAGCCUGCAACAAGUGAAUGGCGAGGAAGACCUGGUGGUUGAGGAGGAGGAUGUAGAGGAGAUGUAUGAGUUGACCUCCCUGCCUAAUGGAGAGACAUCAGGCCUCAGCAGUGAGGCUGAAGGAGGAGAGGAGGAGCAGCAGUCAGAAAUGUCUGAAUCCAAUGAAGAUGCUGCCGGCGGCCAAUCAGAAACCACAUCAGAUCUCCAAAGAGCUGUCAUUGAGGACAUCAGGAAGAGUGAGUUCGGUAUCGGUGUAGAGUUGAACGCUGAAGGCCAGAAGCUGAUGCAGGUCCAUUCGGAACGGCUGGGUCGCAGCUUAGACCGCCUCUCCACAGAACUCUACAGCAAGGACACACACUUUGUCCUGGAACUCAUUCAGAAUGCUGAUGAUAACAGUUACCCAUCAGAGGCCGGAGUUGUUCCCGCGCUUGCCUUUGUGGUGGAGAGGGACUGCAUCACCGUGCUCAACAACGAGAGUGGCUUCCAGGACAGGAACAUCAAAGCCAUCUGUGAUGUGGGUCGCAGCACCAAGGGCAAACACAAAUAUGGAUACAUAGGUCAAAAGGGCAUCGGCUUCAAAUCAGUGUUUAAAGUGACCGACUGCCCAGAGAUUCACUCCAAUGGUUUCCACCUGCGCUUCGACAAGUCCUGCGGUCCCAUGGGAUACAUCCUCCCCCACUGGAUGGAAGAGGAGAGGCCUCUGGACACACAGCUGCUGGGCGUCAAUCAGCACAGCUGGACCACUAAGAUCUGCCUUCCUCUGCGCUCCGAGAGCCUUCAGACCAGGAACCUGUUUCAUGACGUGCACCCCUCCCUGCUGCUCUUUCUGCACCGCCUACGCUCCAUCUCCAUCUACAACCAGAGUGAAAAGCGCUCUGUGACGAUGACUCGGAAAGACCUGAGUCACAACAUGUUGGAGGUGGAGCACACAGAGGGGAUUGAGCGCUGGCUCGUGGUCAAAACGGUGGUGCACACCAAGAAGAUCAAAGCGGAUGUUGAGUCCACCGAGCUUGCUCUGGCUUUCCAGCUCAACAACAACAUGACAGAAGGUGACAUUGUGUGUCAGCCACAGAAACAGCCCGUGUUUGCCUACCUGCCCCUGCGCAGUUUCGGCUUCCGUUUCAUCAUCCAAGGGGACUUUGACAUCCCUUCCUCUCGUGAAGAUGUGGACAGAGACAGCCCGUGGAACCAAUGGCUCCGAUCUGAGAUACCGCCUCUCUUCCUGAAGGCCAGGGAUGUCUUCACUGAUCACCCAGAGUUUAAAGGUCUGAAAGGCCUCUGCCAGUUCCUGCAGUUUGUCCCCCUGCCUGAUGAGGUGUUGGACUUCUUCAAGCCUGUUGCCAAGCAGAUUAUUCAAAUGCUGAAGGGCGAGCCGUUCCUGCCUACACUCAGCUCAGAUGGUACGAUUGUGUACAAGCUGCCGUCCAAAGUGGCCGUCUGUCAGGACGCUGUGAUCCGCGACGUGAUUGGUCGAGACGAGCUGGAAAAGCAUCUGUCUCUCUCCUAUCUUCACCCGGGUCUGAGCCCUGCCCCCCCCGCUUCCCUUCUCACUCUCCUGGGAGUCCAAUACCUGCGGGGAUCUGAUGUUACCGCCGUAACCACAGCCAUGGCCAAGGAGCUGAUGGAAGGCACCCAUUCAGAUGGCGACCUGCAUCAGCUUGCCAAGCUGCUGGUUUGCAACUACCGAGCUCUGGAGUAUGGCUACGGAGAGGCAGACUCCAUCCUGAAUACCCUCAGGGAUUUACCCAUAAUCCCCCUUGCUGACGGACGUGUGGUUGCACUAAGUGGAGAAGGAGUGUUCUUUCCAAUGGAGGAAACCAAAACCAGAAAAAAGAAAGCUCAAGCUCAGAUAGGCCCUCUGUCUGCACUGUACAAGGAUGUAAAUGUGGUCCACCCCUCUCUGCUGAGCUGUGUGGAGCCUCUGGAGAGUCAGCAGGUCCGGGAGCUGCUCAGAAGACUUGGGGUUCACGACCUGGAGCCUCAACAGCUACUGGAGCAGCACAUCUACCCCACCAUACAGAGCAACAAAUGGAAGUCGAAGCCUGAAGCAGUGCUGGUGAGCUACCUGGUUUUCAUCAAGCUGCAUUCCUCCUCCAGCCAGGAGUACUCCGACACUGCAGUACCCGUCCUCACCAACAAGGGUCUGCUGUGCCCCACCACUGAGAGGGUGCACUUCUCUGAAGAGUACGGGAACAUCGACCUGCCAAAUAACCUGCCUGGCUUUGAUUGGGUGUUGCUGAGUCCCUGCUAUGUGCAGACAGACGGCGAUGUAGCAGGCUGGAGAGAGCUGUUCAGCACACUGGGGGUCCGAGACGGUCUCAUCAUCCGCAAAGAGCGACAAACACUCACUGCUAAAGAACUGGCUUCCACUCCAUGGUCUGUGGAAAGUGCAAUGUGGCACCAGAAGCCAGGAGAGGGCUUUGUGCUCGAUGACUACCCCUGUGAGGAGUUUGAAGCCCUGGCCACCGCCCAGCUGCCCGAACACCUCCUGCUGCAGCAGAGGAGCGCCCUGCUCAAGCUGCUGGCGAUAAACUGGGAUGCAGGACACCGCUACUCUCAGUACGUCACAGCUCAGCUGCUGGACAGUGAUGGACACCCGAUCAAAAGCAUCAAGUCCUCCUUCUACCACUUCCUGUGUAAUCUCAAAUGGGUUCCAGCCUAUCGCCUGCUGGAAGGAGACCAGAAAGAGGUAAAGUACCUCCGUCCAAACUCCGUCUACCUGGCCUCACCUGAGAUCAUCGGCCUGCUGGGGACUCACGUCUGUUAUGUGGAAAUGGACCCCAGCGAGUUCAGCAGAGCUCUAGGAAUGAGACAAAGCAUCGCAGUGGAUGCUCUGAUAAACUACCUGAAGGAAUGGUGUGUCAAACCACAAGCUGACGAUCAGGUGCAGCUCCCCGGGGAAUUAGAGGGGGCGGAUUUCACUUCCACUGUGGAGCACAUCCACAAUGUCUACACCUAUCUGAAUCAGAACUGUACCCAGAGCAACCUGAAGGAUCUGUUCCAGCACAACCCUGCUGUAUUUAUAGCACACAACAGGCGAAAUGAUAGCUGGUGUUCCGGACGUUUCUACCACCUGAAGGAUGUGUGCUGGAGUGACCCCACUGGGAUGUUCCAGCGCUACAGACCACUGACUCAGGGGCCAGACAGCCCUGUGCAGCAGCCCAACGUCCUGGGACCCUUCUACAGCCUGCUGGAUGGCAUGAAACAGUUCUUCACCAUGCGGCUGAAUGUGGAUUCCAGUCCCAACAUGAAGCAGUAUGUGGGUCUGUUGGAAGUGAUCUGCUCAUCGUCUCCCAUCCCUACUGCUGAAGUGCUACAGGAUGUGUCAGUGCUCUAUGCCAGACUCGCUAUGAAGUGUUAUAUUCAAACGUCUAGUGACCCGGAAAACACCCCUCAGUCCCAGCUCAAUUCUGGGUACUGCUCCACGUUGAAGGCUAUGGUGUCCGAUAAAAGGGUCUUCCCCACCAAGGAUAAUAGCUGGGUGAGCCUGGCACGCAAACCAAUGAUUGCUGACAACAGAGAGGUGGAAAAGAUCUUCAAACCCCACAAGCAGAUCUGUCUGCUCAACCUGCCUCCAGCAGAGAAGAAGACGGCUCCCAGGACCAAGACCGGGAAGUUUGGGCCGGGUGAAAGAGCUAACACUGUUUUUGCUUUCGACGAGAUGGACCGAUCUUUGUUUCUGGAGAUCUGUGGGAUCCGUUUGCUGUCCCAGUGUGUGAAGACCUAUCCUCAGACAGAGAACCUGAGACCCUGCCCGGCCAUGCAGUCAAUGGUGCACUUUGUGACCCCCUACAUCCAGAGGUUCCUGUACUACCACGACGAUCUGGCUGCACUCUACCCAGAUCUGAUCAACAACAACAUCGGAGCGAAAAUCAAGAAACUCACCUUUCGACAGGUGGGUAAGCUGUACAUCCGCUACCAGCUGGAUGUGGCUGACAGUGAGGAAUCGUUGGUUGAGCUGGUGGAUGUGAUCUGUCUGCUGCAGGACGAGAAGGAGCUCUACAUCCAGAAAGAUCACCUCUCAGCCAAGCUGGACAUCUUCAGGGAGCUGGUGAAACUGUUCUGCACAGAGAGCAGCCACAGAAUAGAGCUGACGCAUUUCCUGAGCGGCCUGAUUACCUCUGUCGAUGAUGAAAGAUCUCUGAAGAGAUUCUUAGCCAAGGAGGACAUCAGAGAGCUGCCCAGUGAGGAGGAGCUGUGGGAGGUGCCCGAGCCCCCCAAACCAGAAAUGAUCCCGGACAGAGUGCCAUCAAGGAGCUACUCCUCCAUGAGUUCCCAAGAGGAGCCCCCCCGCGCCCCACAGGAGGAUGGGGAGCCAACACUGGCUUGCUGGCCCCCUAGAGCAUCUUUACAUAGCACUGGAGGCAGCGGCACAGCAGGCCAGACAGACAACGGUGUGGUGGAUGCAGUCAUGAAGAUGUGGCCCCCUCCAGCUGGGCCUAAAGACAGGGACCCAGAGAUGGACAGAGGAAGCAGCCAGGACCUCCCCCAGAGUCCCAGCAGCUACGAGGGGAACCAGCACCCCAGGAGCAUGAGCAGACUGUCCGACCAGGCCGGCCUCCAGCGGGUCCUCAACCCAUCAGGCCAGCCUCGCCCUGCUGCUGGGAGCCCCAACACACUCUCACCUUCAGAGCACAGCCAGCAGAGUGAGACUGAGAAUAAAGACGGAAGCCUGGCUGCUCCCAGACCAGCACAGAGCCAUCAGUCUGCACCGCCUGCCGAGACAGCCAACCAGCAACCUGCUCCAAACAGCCUUGCUGUCCCUGAUGCUGUGGUGCUCCCCAGCAUGUUUCAGGGGGUUGCAGAGACCCAGCGUCCCCCACUGAACCUAGACUUCCCGCUAUGGAACAAACUGCAGCCUCCUCAGACCACCCUGGAGGACAUGGAACUCACCUGCCAGAGACCCACCACUGUGGUGUUAUCUGAAGACCCGAUUGACGCGUCAGCGAUCGGAGAGUGGGGGGAGCAGCUGGUCAAUUCCUUCCUGUGCCACUGGAGAGACAGCGCGGACCCUGGGCGCCCCAAACAAAUCUUGUGGUGCAACGACAGCGGAGAGAGCGGGACGCCCUACGACUUCAAGCUGACGUUCGGACCUGAAGGGGGCCCGGGGGUGGUGUACGUGGAGGUGAAGGCGACUAUAAAGAAGGAGAAGUCGUUCAUCAACCUCUCUGCCAACGAGCUGGACUUCGCACUGAAAGAGAAGGAUCGUUAUCACAUCUUCAGAGUGUACAGCGCCGGGGACGCUACCAACGUGCGCCUGUGUCGCAUUCAGAACCUGGCGCAGCACCUCCACACUAAAGACCUGUUCCUUUACCUGUUUGUAUAAGUUCCUUUAAUGUUUGUGAAGAUAUUUGCACUAUACCAACUUACAACACAAACCUUGGCUAGCGUGUGCUCACUGUUCGUCCUGACUGCACUGAUAGUAUUUGUUUUAAUGUGCCUAUGCUACUAUUCAUUUUAAGUUUCUUAUUUUCCUAAUUGAUGAGAAAAACAAGUGCUCAUUCCUUUUUAGUUCUGUCCAAAAUAUUUUAAAAACUGUUUUAAAAAUGUAACAUUUUAAAGUUGACAUACUGAAAGUUGUAUUCCUUUUUACUUACCUUGACUCUAGCAUUCCUUUAGAAUAAAAUCAUUUUUCUGGA